AUGUCACGUCGCCGCAGCAGCCUGCCGUGCGCGGUUGAUGUUAACCCCGGCGAGGAAACUGCCGAAACGUUUGUUAGUUUGAAACUUGGCAAGAUCUCAACAGCUCUGAGGGAACAUGAAGCCGGGUACAUGGCCGGGUACAUGUCCGGGUACAUGCCGGCACGGCGCCGGCAACCGACAUCAUUAACAAUUAAGAUUAGUUUUACGGCGUCCCGACCGCUGCCAUCCAUGCUUUGUGGAAAUUUUUUGAAGGUAUCAUGUAUGGUUCACGCGGUUCAUGCAUCCAUUCCCUCCACAAGAAGACGAACUGAAUCAGGCCGGGAUCAGGGCCCGAAUGCUCCUGACCACUACGAUUACUGUAAUACCUACUAUCGCUGCUUCUACUUCAUAGGUUUGGUGUCCUCGCGGCAACUGAUGACGAAAAAAGCGCACAAGCCAAGCUGGAAACCGUAUUCGCAGCGCACCUCUGACUAUCAGCGCCUGCUCAUUCUGUGUUUGUUGGAGCGUCCGGAAACGCUUAGCAAUCCUGAUGUGGGCAUUCAGCAUGUGGGCUGGUCCAAGUUUCCAGCCAGGUAUUGUCUUACCCGCAUGUGCAUGUAUAGUAACAGCGCCCACCACAGCAACGGCAGCAUGUUUCCUUGA